UGUUUUUUCCCGCCCGGCUUCAUUAUUGAUGGCAUCGGGACGGUAAUGCGGAAGCAUGUGUGAACGUUUCAUUACAAAAGGUGGACGCGGCUCGUGUUAAUAUCGCAGACCGGCCGGACCCGACCGGACGGGUGGACGCUUCCGCAAAAAAAUAAACCAAAUUAAAAAAUAAUAAGCGGCGAUUAGUUUUUUUUUUUUUAAAUUAAGAGUAAUAAGGGUCGGUCUUGUAUCGGGGUGCGAGCAAGUUGGAGCGCGCGGGUCGCAAGGCGGCUGGGGAAAGUUUGGCGAAGUUCGCAAAGUUCUCACGUGCGUGUGUGGCCGCGAGGCGUGAGUCGUGACGGAUUGGCCGCUCGGCCGCGCGCUCGAUUUCAUUGGACACAGCACCUCCCAAUUCGGAAUUCCUCUGCCUAGUCUCAAUUUGUGAAUAUUUGUCAACACUCGGGUUAAGUUUGUAAGUUUGUUUAUUCGCCGUGUUCCGGGACCGGACAUUGACUCCUAGUGACUUUGUUGAUGUUUUGUUGAUUGUUUUUGUUGAACGCGUUGAUGCGGUGCCAGCCGGCUCACCAGAUUUAACUCAAAAAGGUUGCAGUUAAGAGGGCAGUUGCAAUCGCUAGGAUAAGACACCCAUGACUCGAUAACUGGCAGUAAACGAAACAAAACAAGAUGGUGGACACACAACACUUUUGCCUAAGGUGGAACAACUACCAGAGCAGCAUCACCAGCGCCUUCGAGAACCUUCGGGAUGACGAGGACUUCGUCGACGUCACCCUGGCCUGCGAUGGGAAGAGUUUGAAAGCACACAGGGUCGUACUCUCGGCCUGUAGCCCUUACUUCCGGGAACUACUAAAAUCAACACCAUGCAAACAUCCGGUGAUAGUACUCCAGGACGUGGCGUUCACGGACCUGAACGCGUUGGUGGAGUUCAUCUACCACGGCGAGGUGAACGUGCACCAGCGCAGCCUGUCCUCCUUCCUCAAGACCGCGGAGGUGCUCCGAGUCUCCGGCCUCACACAGAAUGACGACGCUCAGGGGCCGUUAGUGCAGAGCAUCGCACGCGCAGCCGCCGCGGCAGCGUCAUCUCCCCACACGCCGCCCCACCCCGCACACACCCCUCACGCUCCCCACACGCCAAGCUACACAGAGAAGCUCGAGGAAGCGCUCCUCCACCCGCCUUCAAUCAUGCGCCGCAUUCCUCUACCGCCACGCCGGAUGUCCCGCUCAGCGGACAACUCGCCCGACGUCAUCAAACGCGUCCGUCACGACAACAACAACGAUCAACCGCAAAUCCACGACUUCUCAACAAAGAACCACUCGAUGAUGAACAACACUCGCGCGCACGAACAAGGCAACGGGAACGGCAUCUCGAAUUCCAGCUCAUCGCCAUCCCCGCGGCUAAUGGAUGAAGUCAAGAACGAGCCUCUGGACAUGAUCUGCCAGUCGAACCCUGACAUCGACAGGAGCACGGAUGACACGCCGCCACAUUCCCAUCACAGACCACUUGGAUGCGGGCCGCCUUCCCGCGCGAGCUCUGCAGAAGCAGACGACCGCACGCCGCCACCGCAGCUGCCAUCUUCACCGUUUAUAUCACCCGCCGACACCAAGCUCUUCGCGACAUCACAGCACAACUACAACUAUAGCAUGACAGCGCUCACUGAUCACACAUUGGCCGGUCUGCAGAGUCCGCUGGCUCCAGAUGGAAUGGCGAGCACAUCUCAAGUGGGCCCCUUGGGGGCGGGUCACCGAUGCGAGGUGUGCGGCAAGCUGCUGUCCACGCGGCUCACGCUCAAGCGGCACACGGAGCAGCAGCACCUGCAGCCGCUGCACUCGGCGCGCUGCGGCCUGUGCCACAAGGUGUUCCGCACGCUCAACUCGCUCAACAACCACAAGAGCAUCUACCACCGGCGCCAGCGCGGCCUGCCGCAGGCGCCGCCGGCGCUGCCGCCGCUGCCCGCGCCCGACGCCAAGCCCGCGCUGCAGACGCACGCCAUCGACUUCUACAAGUUCAAGGACCAGUUCAACGUGUAGGCGCGAGACCGACGGGCGCUAGCGACUCCUUAUUUUCUAUCGUAUAGUAGAUGAUUUAUAUUUUUUAUCUCGCAGAGAUUAUUGACAUGUUAGUGUCGCGAUUUAUUUUAUUUACAUUUCUCUUUUAAAGUUUAUCUUGGAACUUGUGGAGGCGAUCUCGUGGGUCGGUCGCGGCGCCGACUCUGAUCAGAGUUUACUUCGACGUUAUGGAAAAUUAACAUUCCAGUCCUAGGGAGGGCGACUUUCGGACGAAUUUUUUAGAGAAUCGAUCGUACGCCCGCCGAGUGCAAUACUGCGGUAUGAGGAUUCCUGAAUUUUACACUAUUGUUAAAUGUGUGACAAUAAGGCGAAGAGAAAAAUUAAUAUUUUGAGAAAAAAGAGGAAAAUCUUGGUGCUGUAAAUUUAUAUAUUAGGCUUAAAUUUAUAAAAGGAACAGUGUUCGUUGUAAGUAACAAAAGAGGCAUAUUGUUUUCAACGUUGUGUUCAUUUUUCGGCGUUUUGCAAUUUUAUUUAUUCUGUACUUUUACCUUCAUGAUCUCACACUUAGAUAUUUAUACGAGAUUACUAAAAAUCUAUUUAAAAAUAAAUAAAAUUAUAUACACAAAUAUAUAAUUGGCUAAUGAGGCUUUUCAAAUUUAUUAUUUUAUUUAGGUGUUUUGUUCAUUGACUGUAAGACUGAAAGAGAACACGUAGCACCAAUAGAACCGACAUUUGAUUAAACAGCCACCCGCAGACGCACGUCACCACACCUACAGUACAGUACAAUACAAUACCACAGGUUUCGUUACACAACCACCGAACAGGACUACUACAAUAGACACGGCAUCACAAACCAACUACUAAUUCACAUCACUUACUCUAAGAGUCGACUAAUUUUACUUUUAUAUUACUGUUAUUCUAUCUAGUCGACUGUUUGUUUCACUCUCUUUUACUUUUUUCGAUUAUUUUCGCGUUAUUUUGUCAAUGCACAAGCAUUAAGUGAAUCGCAAGGUGCCAUUUUAAGCGAAUCAAUAUUAUGGCUAUAAUAUAUUUUUUUAGUUUAGUCAGAUUUUAGUUUUCAAUCGUAAGUUUUAUCACUACCUUGUGUUCGUUUCUUAUUAUUUUGUUGUUAUUCAUUUCUUUUCGACAUGUUUUUUUAUCAUUUUAAACUUUAAUAAUUAUUAUAUUCAUUUUAUACUGAGUUAGGGUAGUUAUUUCGUUGGAAUAAACUAAUCAAACAACACAUUAUUGAUAAAAUUAAAUACUUAAUAGGUAAUUACUAUUAAAUCUUAAUAAUUCUCAGUGUUAAUGUUCCUAAAUUUCAACAGUGUGAAUUUUUUAAUAAUGAAAUUUUUCUGCUUGCCAUAAUUGCAUAGUCAUAAAACUAUUAUUUUUUUUGUUUAUAUAGGCGACAAGUUUUUAGACGGUUUUUGUAUUGCGGUCUAGAUUCAGAGCAGCUGUUUUUGAAUGUGUAAUUUCCUAAAUAACCAUAUCAGUGUAUAAUAGACAGUUUCAGUGUAGAUAUUGAUGUCAAAGUUUUGUCAACAUAGUUGAAGUUAUCACGAGUGCGACUACACAACCGAAACAAACAAAGCUGGCUAAAGAGCCUUAAAAUUAUAAAGUUUGAAGGCUCUUAUAUAUAAAAAAUAAUGUUUGUCCGUGUGUCCGUCAGUUAAUUGUGCGUUAGCGCAUCGUUCAUCAGAUUGAGUUUAAACUUUCAAUGUUAAAGUUGAGUGAAGUCGGAGGUGUUUUCACUAGAUUACAAUGAGCAUAUUCAAGGGGCGGACCAACAAUUCCUGAAAGGCCGGCAAUGCAUCGGCGGCACCUCUAGUGCUGCAAAUGUUCAAGGGCGGCGGUAAUCACUUAACACCAGGUGAUUUUAUAAAAUAAAAAAAGUUCCUGAUAGUACCAUCAACGUGGCACGUGAGUUGCAUAACAACUUACACCCGGUAUAAGCCAGUCAGUUAUAAACUCUCGGUUAUAUAGGCGUAAUCUCGUGAACAAACAUUGGAACCAAUACAGUUGUGCUCAAAACUUCAAACUAAAUUGCCAUGACUAAACUGCGAAGUAUAUUUUUCGUAAGCACUUUGAAAAGGCCCGGCGCGAAUGUUAGUUCUGUCAAUUUGGCGUAGUUUGUUUUGGGCACGACUGAGUUCCUGUCAGUGUACUUUGUUGUCUGAAUUUUUGUGCCAGCUUAUUUAAAUCGUAGGCAAUAAAUGUGCUAGAAUUACAUUUAACAAUCAGCAAACUUUUAUCUGGAUCUAGACAUACAAGUUGUACACAAUUCUUAUAAUUUAACGUCAAUGUACUUUUUCUAGUUCAAUAAACAUCACUAUUUUUCAGCGUUGGAUCGCUAAAUCAAUGUUAUAUUUCAUUUUAAUAGCAAUAAGGAAAUCUUAUCUAAGUGUAAAUGUAAACAUAUAAUUUAUUGUAACAUUAUACACAUUAAGUAAUUAUAUUAGUGCCUGCUUUACAUAAUUAUUGUUUUCGAUUUGGAAAAAAGACAUAUUUUGCGUAAACUUCUAAAUUUUAGGAGUAGUGUUCGGAACACUCGGCACCUGUGAGGUGCCGCUAUUUUAAAUAACAAGUAUGAGAGGCUUCCUAAAGUAAAUUUGAAUACUAUACGUUAUAAGGUUACGUUGUUAUUACUAUUGCAUAAACGCUUAGCCAUUACGAUUUGUUUAGUUAUAUUUAAUAAGCUUUAUUACGAUACUUUUAAAUAAUUGGAAGACUAGAGAUUUGGUGCUAAAUUGGAACGAUGUUCGUGCUAGUAAAAUAUUAGGGGGGAAAAUGGGAUAGUCAAAAAUGGAAUCUAAAUUGUUUUAAAAUUUCGCAACAUUCCGUGCACGGUGAAAAAGUAAAAAAAUGUUAAGUUUUAUUUUGCAACCCAAUUGCAAACUUUUGAACGUAAGACGUAGGAUUGUUGUUUUUGUGUAGUAAUUUAGUGAUAGUUUUUAUUGUUAAUUUGGGUUUGGGAAUUAAGUUAGUUGACUAUAGAUAUAAGAUUUAUCUGAAUUCAUAGCGGUAAUAGCAUCUACAUGUUUAAUUUACGACUACAGGGAUGUGCUGCUGAAAGAGGCAGUUAAUUUGGCUAUGUCGACGUAGUACUAGACUAAAGAUCUUGUGAAUUUUAUUUAGGACAAAUUAUUCAAAAUUAUGCCAAAAUUAAUAAACGCUAUAGACUGAUUAGACUAAGUACGCAUUUCAAUUGUACACUAUUAGGCAUAUUCUCUAGAGUAAAAUGUACAAUUAUUUACUAAAAUUGAUAAUUUUUAUAAAAAAAAGAAGUCAGAAGCGUGAUUCGUUUCGGUUCGGUAUUAAUUCAAAAUUUCUUGUGAUUCGAGGAUCUUUGUUUUUUAGUUUGUAUUAUCGUAGUAGCUAAGUUUUGGAGAUCUCAGGAGAUCAUGUGGUCUAUGGGUUUUUAAGGGCGAUACUACACCGUGUUCUAAGAAGCAGAACACAUCCCUGUCAAAACUACAUUAGUUAGGAUCUUAGCAAGUUUAAGACUGUUUCUGUGACCUGUUUAAGUUUUUUAUCUUUCUAACGUGUUAAGGUAUUUUUUCUUACCGCACGUUCAGGCGUGGCGACCUUAUUCGAUGUGUUCUUAUACUUCUUGUUGGCAUUUUUACUUAUUUUAUAAGGAAUCUAAAUUAAUUUAUUGGUUAUUGUAUUGAAAUUUUAUUUUUUUCUUCUUAAAUUAUUAUUCUACUGUCCUUGGAUCUUAGUGUUUUUGUUGAUAAUUGGCAUCUAUGUAAUGCAGCCCAUUACACUGCACAGUUAUGGGGUUAAGGGUGCCAAAAAUUGUUACUUUAUGUUUGUCUUCCAUUUAAACGCUAUCACAAGAAAUUGGCGAAAAGACAAUAUUUGAAGACCACCGCCUGACUAAUGGGCUGCAAGACUCGAUAGUUUUAUGACUUAAAUAAUUAUUAAUUAUUAAAAUAAUUUCACAUCACUUAUUAUAUACAAAUAGUUAUUUUCUCCUUACUUUUAAACCUUGACAUAACUACUCAUAAAAUGUAAUUGUAAUCGUUAAACCGAACUUCAUAAAUCCUAAUAUUGAUGAUAAUGGCGUUUUUAAUAAAAACAAAUAUACAAAAUGA